CUCUACGCUAUCCUAAAGGACCGGAGCAGGGGUGCCUCCUGGCACUGGGCAUUCUUCCUCCCGAAGCCUGGCAACGAUGCGAAGAGAGAGGUCGGGCUGAGAUGGCGCACGACGUUCGAGAACCCGGAGAGCGAGUGGCGGUACGAGGCAGCCGAGGUCGACUUGAAGCAGGAGACCCACAUGGUGGUUGCCGUUAAGCUCGCGGACCUGUCUGCGAUGGGCGCGUACGAGGACGUCGUGGAGAGCAUCGGGACUGUGCUGAAGCAGAUACGGAUUGAUAAGGGCGCGGUGCACCUCGACGAGUUCUCGGACCGGUCGUGGUUCCUGGCGGGCGUCGCGGCGCUGAACGAGCUUGGAUAUGUGAAUUGCGAGAACGUCGCGGCGCUGGAGAAGGAGAUAAGGAAUGCGGCGAUGAUGUCGACGUCGAAGUGUGUGUACCAGAACGAGAUGUCUGUUAUGACGUCUGAGACCUGUUCGUGA